AUGUCGCAUGUUAAGGAAGUCGCCCGCGGCACACCAAUUCCCUUAACACCGCACCCGGACGCCCUCGUGACGGCUUCGUCGCCAGCCACGAGGAGCACUUUUGAGCUCGGCGAGCGCACGCCUCAGCACCUCAGCCAACUCGCACGACAAGCCGAACUAUAUGGCUCUGAAGCCAAUCUGUACGAGGCACCAAUCAACCCUCCCGGCGAUGCGCAACGCACUCCACGCGCAAGACAACAUCAGGAAGAUGCGCCGCCCAACGGAAACGCGACCGACCGAACCACCGACCAGGAGCAAGAGCAAGAACAACAACAGCCACGACAACCGAGUCCCCCCAGCAGCGAUGUCUUCGGAUACACCCAAGCUACUGGCCCUGCCAUCAACACUUUCGAUGCUGGCGGCCCAAUUGCCAGCGAAGCCAGUGACAGACUCCAAGCUAGAGUCCAGGUCUUCGCGACACUCUGCAAGGCAAUUGACGAGGCCACCAAGCAAUUCACCACCGGACCGGCGUACCAUGCCGCAAAGGAAUUCUCUGAGACCUUCCUCGAACACUGGAACAAUACAUUGAAUGGCGAGCCGAGCGCAACCGUCGCCGAAGCCCAGACUCGUCUUAAGUCCAACACCUACGCCGACUUCCUCAGACGCCCAGCGCAUGGGGCCCAGCGAGACCCCGAAAAUACCCAACCGCGCACGCGACAACCAAAACAAAAAGAGCAGUGUGCCCCUGAAGUGCCAACUGACGAUAUCCGCGUUUUCAUUCGUCUAGACCCGGACUCCCCUGCCUGGGGAAAUGAACCAUUUGCGAUCCGUACCUUUGUCGCGGAACACUGCAACCUCACGAUCGGAAAAAUUCCGCAGGCGACUAGGACCAAGACCGGCUGGGCGGUACGGCCCGUCGAUGCCACCACCCGGGACCAUAUCCUUGCAAAAGCCAGCACAAUUGGAGCGAACCUCGGUGCCGACAAAGUCGAACCGAUGGUCAAGUGGCACACCUAUGUCGUGCAGGACUGCCCCACCGGCUUCCAAUCCCUAGGAGGCGAGAGGGUAGACCUAAUCGAGAGAAUCCAAGAAGAGGUACAAGCCCAGACUGGACUUAAGCCAGUAAAAUGCCACCCGACGAAGAAGUCCCUAACCGCCACUGGACUCGCCAACGUUGUCGUCGCGUUCGACCAGAAACCGAAAAGCCGCUUUUGCCUCUUUGGCACUAGCAAGCUCGCGCGACCAAUCACUAAAGUGAGCAAACCGAAACAAUGCGUCAAUUGCUGGGACUUCCACACUCAACUGAACUGCACGAGAAUCACCAAGUGCCGGAUCUGUGGACGAAACGGACACGACGCUGAAACAUGCCCCAACCCCGAGCGGAUCCAGUGCGCCAAUUGCGCUGCACCACACGCCGCCGACUACAAUAAGUGCCCAGGGAGACCUAGGAGAACGCCCCAAGGCACUACUCGACGACUGACGAAGAGAGAGAAGACGCUGGUCCGCCGGGCCGGCGCGAAGCAGUACCGACAAGCCAACCCUCCGGAGCCACUAUUGAUUCCGAGCCGUGACCUAAGGCCAUCCUCUCCAUGCGAACAACAGACUGCCAGGCGCGCUGCCGGAUGGCGCACCCAGCCGACCUCUUCUGGCAGUAGCGGAUGGGAAUAA